CUUUGGGCCACGAUUGGCCCGGCACUUUCCGUCAGUCUUCAGUCUGGUGCGGUGGAAUGCACUCGUGUCUGUAUUUUGUUCGCGAGCCGCGCGUCUUUCAUUCAUAUUUCUCUGUGGUAGUAACUUCUUGUCGCUUCUUAUCCAUAGAUUUACGUUGAAACGUCUCGUGAAUAGGAUCGAGCAAACGUGGUAAUAUACGAAAUGCAGACACUUCCAACCAGCUCGGUGGUGCAACGUACAUUACUCGUGUAAACACAAUGGACUUCGUCGUUCCAUGCACAAAGGACGGAUAGAAAGCAGUGAGUGAGUGAGUGGAGUAUAGUGUCCAAGAUGGCGGAAUCAAGCUAUUAUCAGGGCGAUUACAUCAGGCACCCGGUGUACGAACUGUCGAGCAAGUAUGGAGUGGCUAGCAGUGACCAGGUGCCCUUGCCGACUCGUCUCGACGAGCUCCGGGAGCACAUACGCCGAGAAAUACGCAAGGAGCUGAAGAUAAAGGCUGGCGCCGAGAAGCUGAGGGAAGUGGCGACCGAUCGUAAAGCGCUCUCCGACGUGGCGACGAUCGUGAAAAAGUCGAAUAGUAAGCUGAGCGAACUGCAGGCCGAGCUUCAGCAACUGGAGAGUCAAAUUAUAUUGACGCAGGGCCAGCCACAAUCGCCCCAGCAAAAUCACUCGAACGGUCAAGACACGCCUCUGUCACCAAUGGGGCCGUCGUCGCCGAGUCAGGAGGGUCUAUUCACGGAUCUUCGUCUUUUGUCCUUGGAGAAGCAGCUCAAUAUCGAACUCAAGGUGAAACAGGGGGCGGAGAACAUGAUCCAGAGUUUGACGGGUGGCAGAGAUAAAAAGUUACUACAGGAGGCUCAACAGAUGCUCGACGAUUCUCGCGCCAAAAUCGAGUUCCUACGCAUGCGAAUAAUGAAGGUGCGACAAGCUCGUCAGCAACAACACGCACGCGGCGAUGCACCACCGCCGAAUGGCGAGGCAACUAGCAAUAAAGAUAGGUACGAGCCUAGCUUGGAGCUGGCGCUGGAAGAAAGGGUAGAGGAGCUACGACAUCGUUUACGGAUCGAAGCUGCGGUGGUGGAAGGGGCUAAGAACGUGAUACGUCUUUUACAAAGUGCCAAAGUCGCCGAUAAGAAGGCCUUAACGGAGGCUCAAGCAAGUCUUGCAGAAUCAAGUAGAAAGUUGGACCUACUGAGAUUAUCCCUUGAACUUAGAAGACAAGAAUUACCACCUGACAGUGGUACUGCUGCUCAGUUGAAGCGAGAAUUAGCUAGCGUGCAGUCAGCUAGCCCGGUUCCUGUAACUUACACAUCUUUGCAACCGUUUCGUUGUCCUCUGGAGGGUAAAGCUACGGUGCCUGCUUCGGUUUCAAGAUGCGCUGCCGUUACUGGACAAUUAGAGGUAAGGUUAAUGGGCUGUCAAGAUUUGGCAGAAGAAGUGCCAGGUCGCACAAGAAGAGAGCAUCCAGCGAGUCCGGAUUUACGUAGUUUUGUUAAGGGAGUUACGGGACGUAGUUCGAGCAAAUCGUACAGCGUUAAAGAUGAAACAAGUAAUGAUAUUAUGGCAGUUAUUAAACUGGACAACCAAACAGUAGCACAAACUAGUUGGCGGCCCUGUUCCCAGCAGGCUUGGGAUCAAAGGUUUUCCAUCGAACUAGAUAAGUCAAGAGAACUUGAGAUAGGCAUUUAUUGGAAAGAUUGGAGAUCUCUUUGUGCUAUAAAAUUUUUGCGUUUAGAAGAGUUCAUCGAUGAUGUACGGCACGGAAUGGCACUGCAAUUGGAGCCGCAGGGUCUUCUUUUUGCUGAAAUUAAGUUCUUGAAUCCUAUGAUUUCGAGAAAACCUAAAUUGCAACGUCAACGUAAAAUCUUUAAGCAACAAGUGAAAAAUUUCCCAAGAGCUAAUCAAAUGAACAUUAACGUUGCAACUUGGGGUAGACUUUUGAAACGAUCAGCUCCUUCAUUACAUAAUACAAGAAACUCCGAAAGUCCGCCAUCAGGACCACAACCUCUGCAGCUUUCUUUUGAUACUUCAUUAGAGGAUAAACCCGAAACCCCCGGAGAAUUGCCCGACCCCGAAAAGGGAGGCUUAAGUGGAACCAGACCUUUGGGAUUAACUACUUCGAGUAGUCCUACACUGCCACGUCCUCCAGAACAUCCUCCACCUCCUCCACCCACAGUUACAAAGAAACCUUCAAUGCCUGCACCUCCGCCACCGCCAAAAUUAGAUCAAGAAUUACAGAGUGCAUUAAGGGAGUUUGAUUUCCUGCACAACGAGGAAAAGGGGGGUCCUCAAGGGGCAAAUUUGAGGCCUCUCGUAACAGAGCCUCGUCCUGUGCUGAUUGCACCACCCUCUCCACGCACACCCUCGCCCCAACCCGUCGUCGAGUUUCCUGAAGAUGAGGUUGUAUAUGAAAUGCCGAAUAAGCCUGCUCAAUACAGAGACAGUGCCUACGAGUCUAGAAGACAUUCGCAACUUACUGGAAUGACUAUAGACAACUUUAGAUUACUUUCUGUUCUUGGCCGCGGUCAUUUCGGAAAAGUAAUCCUGUCGCAAUAUAGAAAUACCGGAGAAUACUUCGCAAUUAAAGCAUUGAAAAAAGGAGAUAUAAUAGCCAGGGAUGAAGUAGAAUCAUUACUUUCAGAAAAAAGAAUAUUUGAAGUCGCGAAUGCUACACGUCAUCCUUUCCUUGUAAACCUAUUUGCUUGUUUUCAAACUGAGGCACAUGUUUGUUUUGUAAUGGAAUAUGCAGCUGGUGGUGAUCUUAUGAUGCAUAUACACGCGGAUGUCUUUGGAGAACAGCGAACUGUGUUUUAUUCAGCGUGUGUUGUGUUAGGAUUACAAUACUUGCAUGAAAGUCGCAUUAUCUACAGGGACCUAAAAUUAGAUAAUUUACUAUUGGAUACAGAAGGGUAUGUAAAAAUAGCGGAUUUCGGUUUGUGUAAAGAGGGGAUGGGAUAUGGAGACAGGACAGGAACAUUUUGUGGUACUCCAGAAUUUUUAGCCCCUGAGGUUCUUACUGAAACUUCAUAUACUCGAGCUGUUGACUGGUGGGGUCUUGGUGUAUUAAUAUUUGAAAUGCUUGUUGGUGAAUCGCCAUUCCCUGGUGAUGAUGAGGAAGAAGUAUUCGACUCUAUUGUGAACGAUGAAGUUCGUUAUCCACGAUUUCUUUCUUUAGAAGCAAUAGCAAUAAUGCGAAGGUUACUAAGAAAAAAUCCUGACAGACGAUUGGGUAGUAGCGAAAGAGAUGCUGAAGACGUUAAAAAACAAGCGUUCUUUAGGCAUAUAGCUUGGGAUGAUUUACUUUUAAGACGCGUAAAACCACCAUUUGUUCCCGUAAUUCAUUCUGUGGAAGAUGUCAGUAAUUUUGAUGAAGAAUUUACAUCUGAAAAACCCCAAUUAACUCCACCUAAAGAUCCUAGACCACUUAGCGAUUUAGAACAAAGUCUAUUUAAAGAUUUCACGUAUAUGGCUGACUGGUGCUAGCCAUAAUAACGAUGUUAAUCGUCUUUUUGUUAAAUUUGAUACGCAAAUCAUUUAGCGUUCUAUUAUUUUUUCAACAUCAUUUUA